CGGUCUGGGCUUGGAUGGAGGUUAUACGCGUGGGCUCCACAGAACGGACAUAAAGCGUUUAUAACAGGCCUUCAAAGCAGAUCAGUGUGUGCACACUCGCACAGCGUACUGUACAGUGUAGGGGCGAUGCAAGCAGCUGGUUGAUUACUCAAGGAGGAGCUGUUCGCCUGGGCAGUGGCUCACAUUCUCGCUUGAUACGGCCAGAACUUUCCAGGGCAGUCGGGUGUAUUGUCACAACUUUUUUUUUGUCUUAGUAUUAUUAGUCAAUCUAAUUCCAGACAUUUCCAACCCCCCUCCCGCCUUGAACACGUCAGCCAAUACAUUUUAUAUAGGAGGCAGACUCCGGGGUAGAUGGCACAGUUCUCGCAACCUACAAUCCUUCAUAACAUGAAGACACAGUCUCCAAUGGUGCAGAUGACUACAAACGACCCUCUCCCCCCAGGCUGGGAAAUUAAAAUUGACCCUCAAACUCGAUGGCCUUUUUUCGUGGAUCACAACAACAGGACAACAACCUGGAACGAUCCCAGGCAUGAUCUAAAAGAGGAAAGGCAACUGUCAUCCAAUGGACCCUCCUUGUCACCGCAGUCCUCCCAGGACAGCCACCAGCACUACAUCAGGGAAAUGCAGUACCCCAGCCUGCGCCAGGGCUACAUCCCCAUCCCCAUCGCCCACGAGGGCCUGGAGCACCGGCCCCUGCAGCAGCAACCUUACUACUCGUACGCACAGCCCAGCAUGCACAGGGUUAAAACAGAGGUCCGGGCUCCUUCCCCCACGCAGGCACACAUAGGACGGCCCACAUCUCCCGUCAGGCCCCCUUCUGAGGCGUCUCCCUCUGAUCCUCUCUGUGGACAGGCAGGGACAGCUGCCGGCUGCCAGGGCCCGCUCUCACAAGGACCUGAGCCCCACGAGCACCACCAUCACCAUCACCCCCACCCCCAAGACUGCUCCCAUGCAGCUCCUGCUCACCAGCCUGGGAGGCCCUGCAGCGGAGGCCCCCAGCUCCUGCCAGGCUACAUUUCCAUCCCGGUGAUCCACGAAGUAGCAGGAGGGCGGCCCCAGCCUCAUCACUCACAGCAGCAACCCCAGGCCCCCCAGCAGCCCCAACACCCUGAGUACCAGCCCAUAUACCACAGAGUGCAGCCAGAGGACUGGGCUUACCUGCCUGGCCGCUCACAGAGUCCCAGAGACCGGCCAAGCCGCGAAGCAUCACCCAUUCGCAUUCCUCAGCAGAUGAGGGCCCAGUCCCCAGUCCGGGUGCACACCAUGGGGCCACAGGUUCAACACCAGAUCCCUCGUCAAGAGUCACCUCCCAGAAUGCACCAGGAGGAACGGGGCAGCCCGUGCGGGGCGGAUAUCCCCCAGGCUUACAUCCCGGUUCAGCCACUCUACAAGGAGUGCGACCUCAGACAGCCACUCCCCAUGCCUGAGAAGACAGAGGCCAAGAUCUUUGGGACAACAAAGAGCAUCCCACAGGAUACGAUGGCCGCCCCGGAAGAGGUUCCUCCUCUGAAGCCAGAAGAACCAGAAGAAUCGUCACCAAACCACCCAGGCCUGGCUAAGGUUCAGCAGAUCGUUGACAGGGUUCAGAAACUGGAGGAAGAAGUCAAGAACUUUGAAGGGAAGAAAAAUGACAAACGCUACAUGAUGCUGGAAGAGUUCUUGACUAAAGAGUUGCUGGCCCUGGACUCCGUGGAUCCCGAGGGGAGGAUCGACGUCCGUCAGGCCCGGAGGGAUGGGGUCAGGAAGGUCCAGAACAUUCUGGAAGGACUUGAACUGAUUGCUGAACAACAGAAGCAUAGCGAGCAAUCCAAUGUAGAAGCAAACCAACCAGGAGGAAAAGGAGACGCCACCAUGAUCGGCCAAGUGGAGUCAACCACAGAGAAGGAGAUUUAUUAACAGGAACCAGCGCCCCGUAUGUUAAGGAAGAAUCAAACCUAAAUAAACCUGCUGCUCCUGCAUAACUUUGUAAACACAUUUUUAAGAUGCAUGCCUAAAGGAGUUUAACAACUAUUGUUUUCUACCAUCUUGUAGAUGUAUGGAAAAAGGGAAGAGUUCAAUAUAUUGUAUAUUAUAACAAUAGCUAACAAUAUAGGGAGAUAAUUAACAAUGCCCCUUAAAGAGUAGUAUCCACUGAUAUGCAGUACAAAUGCAUGCUUGAGUAAGGAAGAUAUGAGAAAGAGGGGAAAAGCUACUGUUACAUGAUAAAUCAUAACAAUAUAUAUAUAAAGGAAUCUGUGGGGUCUGGUUUUGCUAGCGUGAAGCAGGGCAUUAUAGUUAGCUGAACUCUCUCCACCGGUUCAAACUGUGCUUCUGUAUCCAAACUGUAAGACUUCCUCCAUCACGCUCUCCAGCUUGUGUAAAAGCUCCACGGGUUUGUUUAUAGUUUCAGAUGACAAUCAUGAAAGACUUGUGCACCACUGCCUUGUGAUCUGCACUGCGUCGUCAAAAGAAAACCACGGCGGAGCUCUUUCCACUGUUGGGCUCUUUAAAGUAUAGUCUGUAUGUUUGUGUGUUGUUGAACUAUUUAAGUGUGAAGUCGUUUUUUUUUUUGUUUGUUUACUUGUUCGUUCAAAUAAAAAUUAAAAAUAAAUGAUAUUGAUA